UACCGGCCCCCAAGCGAGAGCUGAAUUUUUGACGGUUAGACCCGCUGACAGGAUGGCUGAUGAGGAGGAGGAUCCCACAUUUGAGGAAGAUAAUGAUGAUGCAGGAGGAGGAGCAGAUGGUGGACAGGGUAAAAGGAAAAGACUUUUUUCUAAAGAAUUAAGGUGUAUGAUGUACGGGUUUGGUGAUGACCAAAAUCCUUACACUGAGUCAGUGGAUAUUCUUGAAGACCUUGUCAUAGAAUUUAUCACUGAAAUGACUCACAAAGCAAUGUCUAUUGGACGACAAGGUCGAGUGCAGGUUGAAGAUAUUGUCUUCUUGAUUCGAAAGGACCCAAGGAAGUUUGCCAGAGUUAAAGACUUGCUUACUAUGAAUGAAGAACUGAAACGGGCUAGAAAAGCAUUUGAUGAAGCAAACUAUGGAUCCUGACAUCUUUUAUGUUCUCCUCUGUCCUCAAGUGUGUGUGUGUAGUAAAACUGUGUAUUUUCCACCUUGCCAAAAUUGAAAAAUCUUGACUUAAUUUAAGUACUUCAUACAAUUAUCUUCAUCUAGUCAACCCUGUAAAUGAAAAAUACAGUGACACUUCAUUGCCAUCUUUAUUUUGACUUCUUGGAUUGUAGAAGUGGUAUUUAGGUAUUGAAUUGCUUGCCACUUUUAUUAUUCUUGAAAGUGCUUAUUGGUUUUAAUAACACUGUGGAAGAAGCUAAAACACCUUACAAACCAUGCAAAUAAGUCUUUCUUUUUCAGGUGAUAAAGAUAGUUUAAACUAAGUAGUAUUUAUGUAUUUGUCUUCUUUUUGUCAUUAAAGUUUUAUAUUAUAGCCAUUUGUUAUAUGAAAUUUAAAUAGUUUUUUUAAUUAAAAAUUAAAUAGUUUUUUGGUUCCGUGAUUCGUAAAACAAAUUUCCUGGCUAGUUUCAAUAUCUCAGACAAAAAAAUGGUUUUAUGGAUUGGUAUAGGAAACCAUUGUUUAUGCUACGUAUUGGGCUAUAUUUUUUAAGCAUUGUCAGUUUCUCCCUAGAUUUUUUUGCAUAAGAUUUAAUUUCUUAAAAGAAAUAAUUUGUAUUUAUUUAUUUCACUGGUUCUCCGAAGCAGUCUUUUUUUUGGGGGGAAGGGGUGAGAGUUCCUCUUCCCUUUCAGAGUUUAAGAUAAUUUGAAAGCUUUUUGUUUUGUUUUGUUUUGUUUUGACUGAAAACCUUUUGAGUUUAUUAGACAUAUUGCUUAAGUUUUAAGAGAACUCUCCACAGAAAGAAUUUAAAUUCAGAGACACUUAAAGAGUGAGGACUCUAAAAUUUUAGUAAAAACGGCCAUAUUUUAAAAUUUAUUAUAAGAAUCUUUACUUUAUAUUUGUUUAUAGUGUAAGUGUCUGCCAGCACCUACACACAUGUGACUAUAGAUGCUAUUAUUGUAGCUCAGGAUGUGCAGGUUUUGUGUGUAUUUAACCAUAAUGUAUUAAAUUAUUACUAUUUUUAGUUUGAUAUUAGAAUUGAAAAAACAUUUGAGGGAAUCAUUGAAAAAUCCUUUUUGUGUCAAACUACAUAUACUUUUAUGUACUGGUUGUGAACAAACUAAAAUACUUGGGAAAUCCUGCUAUCCAAAUUUUUAUAUUAGGAAUAAAAUUAUCUAUAAACAUUAAGCAA